AUGGAAGAAAGCAAGAUUGAUACAACCUCACAUGUCAAGGAGGAAAAUUAUAAUGGUGCUAUUGAAGUGUAUGAUGGUAGGAACGGUACCCAAGGAUCAGGUCAGAGUGAGAUUUACCAACCACAUCACACCUUCUCAAACAUCAAGACCAAGGGUCAAGUCAAAAGGACCUUCGACAGUGAAGAAGAAAGAAAAUUAAUGGACUCAGUCCAGGCUGGCAAGAACAGGGGGAUUUCUGAAAUCGUGAAGGAUAAUGAUCUCAGAAAAAUAUGGAUGUCCAGCUUUUUUAAAAAGACAGUCCUUACGAAGAAUUCUAUCAAGAAAAUCGAUAUUCAUAGGGCCCUGGCGAGACUGAAUGAGAUUAAGGAUAGCCUCACUAUUCAGAAUAGGUCGAUACUUCUAGCAGGAUUGGGAGAAGUGCUUAAAAGGAAGUACAACUUGAGUCAAGAUGAUGUCCAAAAUAUACUCAAAGUUAUCCUAAAUCCUAUUAAGAAGGACGAAGAGGAAGACACUAAAGAGGAAGAGGAGACUCCCAAGAAGAAAAAGAGGAAGACUGCUAAGAGAGAUAAUGCUCAGAAAGAGAGACCGUUCAAUUUAUUCAAGCUGUUAGAUAUUCAAUCUCUGUAUAUACCUCUUCAGCCGGCUGCAUUGAACUAUACCAGUGAAAAAUCAUCGUUGUCUUCAAAACUUUUCGGUCAGACAAUGUCGGGUGAAGAUAUGGCAAUUCAGAGAGACAACGAACUUAAUGACAACCUUGAAAGAUCUCUGGAAGGAUUCGGCUCAAGAGAUGGUAGCAUUAUGAAAGAGCCUAAGACAGAGCCUGAGAACAAUUUUAACUUCAACCAAGAUUCUGUCGGCUCUAUAAGCAAAGAAAUGCUUAUGAACGAUCCUCAAAACUCAGUAGAGGAUAGAUUCCAGAUGGAAGAUGACCCCGCCAUGGGAGCGAUGGAGGUUUUCGAUAACCAAAUAAUGCAGAACUUGGUGAAUGCUGGACUCAAUAUUGACGAAGAUCGGAUUAAAAAGGUAAAAAUUGCUGAUAUUGAACUCUCCGACUCAAACUCAACUCUUGAAGAAGGAGAGCUUAUUAAGAGAAUUAAGAAUAUUAAUAUGCUAAAAGAGAGCUUAGUCAAUGAUGAGGACAUAAAUUCUAACAACACACUCUCUUGUUCAUCAUAUUUCGAACUUGGAGAUCCCAAUGGGGAUGGAAAUCUUGACAGAAAAUUGGAGAAAUUUUUCAAUAAAAUCUCUAAAACUCCAAGAUUCGACACACUGCUCGAUGAGGAAUCCUGCAUAACCCCACUCAGUUCUACAGACGAUGAUAGCUGUAAUGACCAGAACUAUAUUACAAAAGUGAUCAAACAAUGUAAGAAUCUUCCACUGAAAAUUGAGAAAAAUCUCCAAAUCAUCAAAGAAGAGAGUGAAGGAAUUGACGACUUCGGAGGUUUCGAUGUCGAUGAAGAGCUUCUAGGACCAGAUGUAAUGGACUCAGAAAAUAUAUUGAGCAGCUUCGGUGACCUAGUAGAAAAACCAGAGCAAAAUUUCUUCAAACUAGAACCUCUGCAGGAGAUCGAGACAGCAAUGGGAGACGACCUUACUAAGACUUUAGAAAGAAUUGAUAAAGAACUUCACAAUAAAGAUAGUGUUUCAUACUCUUCUCUCGUUCAAGGAAACACCAAGUCUAACAAAUGUCAAAGAUUUUUAGAACUCUUGCAUCUCAAGAAGAGGAAUAAGAUCAAUUUAAUGCAAAAUAGCUCAAUAAGAGAAAGCGAGUUUGGAGAACUAGUCAUCAUGAAGCCAGCCAAAUAAUCAUUUAAUAAACAAUAGAUAAUCCAAUUUUCAACC